AUGUCUACAGUUCAACAAUCAGAUUCCGAGAACCCGAAACAGUUUGACCUAUACAAGAGACCAUGGCAGUACCUUGGGUAUCCAGCCUUCUGCGAAUGGUCAGCUUCCGAUAAUGACUUCUUUGUGCUUCGUCGAUUUAAAGUGCUCAACAACCGAGUGCUAUUGAGAAUGCAAGAUUCGAUAUCUCAGUUAGAAGAGGAACUAGCUGCGAUAGAUGCCAAAAAUUCUCGAUUGGAUAUCCCGCCUGUGAACAAUGGGUCAUUCAGGAAUGAUCAGGUAGAGAGAAGGGAGGAAAUCCUGACCGAGGCACAAUCGAAAUUGAAAGAGUAUAAUGCCAUACUCCCGGAAGAAAGCAAGUAUAUCACAUCAGAGGACGAUCUCAUACGAGUUGUGGAAGAGAAGAAGUCUCCUUUGUUGAAACGAAUGGAAAGGUAUUCGAGUGUUACUCGAAGCAUAUUCUUCAAGAAGAAGCCCGAAACAGAUAUUAAAGGUUACGAUCCUGAAUCCAUGAGCUAUUACGACGAUAGUUCGAUGGAAGCACUUGCCCGCUCUAUCAUUGUCAUCCUUGGCCUAGUCAUGCUCGUUGCACCACAAUGGUGGUUACUAUUCGUCCAAGACAAAGUCUAUCAGCUUGGGAUCAUUACAGGCUUCAUAGUGCUCUUCCUCGCACUGGUUGCGACACUUACAGGAGCAAAACCAUUCGAAAGCUUAGCAGCAACUGCGGCCUAUUCCGCAGUUCUCAUGGUGUUUAUGCAGGUUGGGGGUAAUAUGGCUCAAGGCUAG